GUUAACCGACCCAUUUUCAUCCUUCUAGGGUUCUAGUAGUAACCAUUCCUUUCCCUCCGUUUCACCUCUUUCUCAAUUCACCACAAUUUUGAUUUCUCAUUACCUUCGUAUAUUAUGUAUCUUAGUAUCUAUCUUCAUUCUUCAGUUGUGCAUAUUAUGUAAUGCUAUUGCUCUUUAAUCGCAAUGGCAAGAAAUCCUGCAACACGCCUUCUCCGCAUUUGUUCAUCCCAAUUUAAGGUCAGAUAUAUCUCAUCUUCUUAUCGGUUUACUUUAUCAUGCAAUGAAUUUCAUAAUCCAUCGACCCAAAUGCACCAAUCGGUUGGUUUCACUAACCCCGAAAGAACCCAGCUCAAUAAAUGUUCCUCUUCCUCUUCCGGUUUAGAUUUUAGGGUUCUUAAUUUCAACAAGAGGUUGUAUUGUACACCCAAUGAAAUAGGAAAUUCUAGUUCUAGUUUACAAUCUACAGAGCCUAUUUCAUCAGAACAUGGUGACGGUAACAAAAGCAAAGAUCAAGCAUCUGCGUCAACAAUCGAGGGAUCUAAACAUGUUUCAGCUCUCGACCCUGAAGAAAUUUACCGUCGGCUUCGUGAUGCCCCCAUUUCGAUAAAAUUAGGGCUAGAAGAAUGCGAGGAACUUUCAGAAAUCUUCCGCUGCUUUGCAAGUUCUGGUUGGGCUUCAAACCAAGCUCUAGCUAUCUACAUCGGUGCGUCCUUUUUCCCAACUGCUGCUCAUCAAUUCCGAAACUUUUUCUUCAAGAAAUGUGAUCGUGAUAUUGUCGAUCACUUGUUAUCUCUGGGCCCUGGUAUCGAAUCCGACAAAUUUCUUUUCCCAAUCUUCGUUGAAUACGCUCUAGAACAGUAUCCAGAUGAAAUCAAAAAGUUCAGAAGCAUGAUUUCCUCUGCAGACUUAACAAAACCCGAAACCUGGUUCCCAUUCGCUAGAGCCAUCAAACGCAAAAUCAUCUACCAUUGUGGCCCAACCAACAGUGGUAAAACCUACAACGCAUUACAAAGAUUCAUGGAAGCAAAAAAGGGUAUCUAUUGUAGCCCACUUCGCCUUCUAGCCAUGGAAGUUUUCGAUAAAGUAAACUCACUAGGUGUCUACUGUAGCCUCCUCACAGGUCAAGAAAAGAAGUAUGUCCCAUUUGGAAAUCACACUGCUUGCACUGUAGAAAUGGUGUCCACAGAAGAAUUAUACGAAGUAGCAGUGAUAGAUGAAAUCCAAAUGAUGUCAGAUUUAUACAGAGGAUACGCAUGGACACGCGCUUUAUUAGGUUUACAAGCUGAUGAAAUCCAUCUAUGUGGAGACCCAAGUGUUCUACAAAUUGUAAGAAAAAUCUGUAAAGAAACAGGAGACGAAUUAAUCGAAAACCAUUAUGAAAGAUUCAAACCUUUAGUAGUUGAAGCUAAAACCUUAUUAGGUGAUAUAAAAAACGUUCGUUCAGGUGAUUGUGUAGUUGCAUUUUCAAGACGUGAGAUUUUCGAAGUGAAAUUAGCAAUCGAAAAACAUACAACCCAUAAAUGUUGUGUUAUUUACGGAGCAUUGCCACCAGAGACACGUAGACAUCAAGCUAAUCUUUUCAAUGAACAAGGUAAUGAGUAUGAUAUAUUAGUAGCAAGUGAUGCAGUUGGAAUGGGGUUAAAUUUAAACAUAAGAAGAAUCGUUUUCUACUCUCUUUCAAAAUACAACGGGGACAAAAUCGUCCCGGUCCCACCUUCACAAGUGAAGCAAAUAGCCGGGCGGGCGGGUCGAAGAGGAAGUAUAUAUCCAGAUGGACUUACAACCACUUUACAUUUAGAUGAUUUAGAUUACUUAAUCGAAUGUUUACAAAAAAAUUUCGAUGAAAUUACCAAAGUAGGCCUCUUCCCGUUUUUCGAACAAGUCGAAUUAUUCGCAGGACAAAUUUCCGACAUUACAUUUUCGCAACUUUUACAAAAAUUCAGUGAGAAUUGUCGAUUAGAUGGGUGUUACUUUUUAUGUAAACAUGAUCAUAUAAAGAAAGUUGCUAACAUGUUGGAGAAAGUUGAAGGGUUAUCUUUGGAAGAUCGGUUUAAUUUCUGUUUUGCCCCUGUGAAUAUACGGGACCCGAAAGCGAUGUAUCAUUUGUUGAGAUUUGCUCAGUCGUAUUCUAUGAAUGUUCCUGUGAGUUUGGCUAUGGGGGUUCCUAAGUUUUCUGCUAGAAAUGAUAUGGAGUUGUUGGAUUUGGAAAGUAAGCAUCAAGUUGUGUCAAUGUAUUUGUGGUUAUCGAAUCAUUUUAAGGAGGAGAGUUUUCCGUAUGUGAAGAAGGCGGAAGGAAUGGCAUCGGAUAUUGCGGAGUUGUUGGGGGAAUCGCUGAUUAAGGCGGAUUGGAAACCGGAAUCAAGGAAUCAAGGGAAGAAGGGGGAGGAUAGGGAGGAGGGGUAUCAGAGGCCGAGAUCUUUGGUUAAGAUGCAAGACAAGAAAAGGCAAGAAAAAGAAAAUUCAGGGUCUGUAGAGAAGGUAACUGUAUAAGAUGUGGACAAAAGAAGUGAGGUGAUGAUUCAUAUAAGAUCUAAAACUUUAUUUUUUAUUUUAUUGUAGUAUUAGUUAUUGGAAUGGGCUUAGUGUUAAAAUGAGAUAUGAUGUGAUGUUUACAAUUUAAUAGUUAUUCUUGUUAAAUUUUGGUAGAUUUAGAUAUUUGUUUGUAACUCCCCAAAUUUUGGCCCCC